CUUAAAAAAAAGGCAAUUUCAUGCUUAAGGCUCUAUGCAGCAUUGGGGUCCAUUGUCAACGAAUGUUAAAAAAUUCGGCUGAAACAACGAUACACAAGUAACAGAACGACGAUACACAAGUAGCAGUCUCACUAUAUUGCCACUGGUACCAUAUAAUUGAAGUUAUAUCUUGAACAAUUUACGAAAUGCUCCUCUGGUUUGUUGGCGCUGUGGCUGGGAUUUUGACCUUCAUGGCGCCACCCUCGGAAGGAACUGGUCGCGCCAUUGUAACAUUACGAAGGUACACUAACCCCUCUCACCGCUUGAGUAAUGGUAAAUGCUGUGAUCACCGAUUUGUCAACUUUGGCCGAUGCCGCCCAUGUGAUGCUUACUUCAAACUAUGUGUGAGUCAGGCAGUUAGUGGGUCUUCUUCAAACAGUUGUAAUAUUGGUAGAAGCCAGACCGGUGUGGUUGGUGACGAUGACAACCAUGUACUUAACAUCAGAAGGACGUUUUCUUUCGAAUCUUUUAAGGGAGCCAUUACCGUUGGGGUGGAAGUCUGGGAUAAGGACAAAUUUACCAGCAAUGAUUACGUGGGCUCCCCGUCCAUAACACUGUGGUCUGUCACUCCGGGGUUGUAUUUGGAUCCCUUAAGAAGAAGCUUGACGCUAAAGAGCAGAUACGUCACCAUGAAGCUUGACUUGGAGUUGUACUGCGACAAAGACUACUAUGGUCCCAGUUGUAGCGUGAAUUGUGUCCCGCGGGAUGACUCGAGUGGACAUUACACCUGCGAUAACCUGGGAAACAAGAUUUGUCUUCAACGUUGGGAAGGGCCGUCUUGUAACAGAUGCGAGAGCAAUUGGUUUGGUCCCCGCUGUUCUGCAAUUUGUGUUCCUCAGGAUAAUGAUUUUCAAGGACAUUACAAAUGCAGCCAAUCAGAUGGAACGAAACAAUGCCUACCGUGGUGGUUUGGUAGCGACUGCAAGGCGCACUGCAUUCCUCAUGACGAUGAUGACAACGGCCACUAUAGCUGUGCACGUGACGGAAAAAAGACAUGCCAUGACGGAUGGCACGGAGAGAACUGCACAGUGUUUUGCAUUCCUCAAGAUGAUGACAUACGAGGCCACUAUACUUGUGACGAGGAAGGCGGCAAAGUCUGUCUAAACGGGUACCGCUCUCCAGACUGCAUGGACUGCCUCCUGGGUUGGUAUGGCGCGGAUUGUUCUUUAUCCUGCUUGGCAAAUGACACGUAUGGCUUCCAGCAAGGCUACAUCUAUUGUUCUGACGAUGGAGUUAAGCAAUGCAAGAAGUGGUGGCAUGGCCCAGAGUGUCUCCAGUAUUGUGUCCCUCAUGAUGACAACGAGCACGGGCAUUACACGUGCGAGCCAAGAGAUGGAAGUAAAGUGUGCAGACCUGGCUGGGAAGGGCUAAGCUGUCUUAAUGCGCCACCCUCGGAAGGAACUGGUCGCGCCAUUGUAACAUUACGAAGGUACACUAACCCCUCUCACCGCUUGAACAAUGGCAAAUGCUGUGAUCACCGAUUUCUCAACAUUGGCCGAUGCCGCCCAUGUGAUGCUUACUUCAAACUAUGUGUGAGUCAGGCAGUUAGUGGGUCUUCUUCAAACAGCUGUAAUAUUGGUAGAAGCCAGACCGGUGUGGUUGGUGACGAUGACAACCAUGUACUCAACAUCAGAAGGGCGUUUUCUUUUGAAUCUUUUAAGGGAGCCAUUACUGUUGGGGUGGAAGUCUGGGAUAAGGACAAAUUUACCAGCAAUGAUUACGUUGGCUGCCCGUCCAUAACACUGUGGUCUGUCACUCCGGGGUUGUAUUUGGAUCCCUUAAGAAGAAGCUUGACGCUAAAGAGCAGAUACGUCACCAUGAAGCUCGACUUGGAGUUGUACUGCGACAAAGACUACUAUGGUCCCAGUUGUAGCGUGAAUUGUGUCCCGCGGGAUGACUCGAGUGGACAUUACACCUGCGAUAACCUAGGAAACAAGAUUUGUCUUCAACAUUGGGAAGGGCCGUCUUGUAAAAGAUGCGAGAGAAAUUGGUUUGGUCCUCGCUGUUCUGCAAACUGUGUUCCUCAGGAUAAUGAUUUUCAAGGACAUUACAAAUGCAGGCCGUUGGAUGGUAAGAAAGAGUGCCUACCAUCGUGGUUUGGUUCUGACUGUCGCACACAAUGCAUCCCUCGUGAUGACGACGGCGGACAUUACAGUUGUGCACAAGACGGAAGUAAAACGUGUCUGCCUGGGUGGUAUGGCGAGAACUGCACAGUGUUCUGUGUUCCUCAAAAUGAUGAGAAACUCGGAAAUUACACUUGUGACGAUGAAGGCAAUAUGGUGUGCUUGGACGGCGUCAGUCGCCUCGACUCUAACUGCUCUUGGACUUGUUUGGUCAUUGAAGCCCCAGUAACCUACAACUGUACAGAAGAAGGCUACAAAAUCUGCCAUCCUUCGUGGUUUGGGUCCGACUGUGCCACUUACUGCGAGCCCCACAACGAUGAAAAGCACGGGUAUUACACUUGCAACGUACGUGACGGAAGUAAAGUGUGCUUGGACGGCUGGGAAGGACGUGACUGCCGUGAAAGAAGCGUGGAAUCAUUAUUUACAAUUGAGUAACGAUGGGCUUUAGUGUGACUGUAUGUCACCCGUUAGUACAUCUUCAAUGGCGCUGCGACAAUUUAUAAACAGGACCUAGAUGGACGAAUGUUUACGGUUCCUUUAGACAGAAAAUAGUCAGUAAUCACUGAAUGAUUAUAGAAAAUAGGACUAAAUGGACACAUCGAGCUCCGCUUUUCAUUUUUUAUGACUUGAACAAUUUUUUUUAUAAGUAAUAGCUCCUGCCAAGUACUGCAAACCAAGUAAAAAUUAAAAUUCGCUUUUUAUGAUGAAAGUA